AAAAAGAAAAAGAAAAGAGAGAGUCGCAGACAUAUAGAAAAGAAGAAGGCCUCUGGAAUUUUCUUCACCCUCCAGCAAUCCUAUACCCUAGCUCCACAUCUCUCAUCCUCCCUUUGCGUUCCUCUUGAGAUCGCUAGAUCUCUCGGCGGGAUUGGACCGACAUCGAUCAAAGAAAAUGGCGGAAGAACAUAGAUGCCAAGCUCCGCGCCUUUGUGCCAACAACUGCGGCUUCUUCGGUAGUCCUGCGACGCAGAAUCUCUGUUCCAAAUGCUACAGAGAUUUGCAGCUCAAGGAGCAACAAUCCUCUUCGGCCAAGCUGGUUCUCAAUCAGUCCAUAGUCCCUCAGCCGUCCACGGCGGAGAAAUCGGAGUCAUCUUCGUCGUCGCUGGAACCUGUUGCCGAUCUUUCGUCUUCGGUUGCUGUUGCGGCUGAUCCGGCGCCUCAGGCGGAGGAGCCGAAGAGCGCUUCACCGGCUCAGCCGAAUAGGUGCAUGACGUGCAGGCGGCGCGUGGGGCUCACCGGGUUCAAGUGCCGGUGCGGGUCGACGUACUGCGGGGCCCACCGAUACCCGGAACAGCACGGGUGCGAGUUCGACUUCAAGACGAUGGGCCGGGAGCAGAUCGCGAAGGCCAAUCCAAUAGUGAAGGCCGAUAAGCUAGAAAAGAUCUGAGGAGGAAGGGUGUUAUGGUCAUGUCGCGUGUGUGAUUAUAUUUCAUUUGGGAAAGGUAUUCGGAUCUGAAAUUUGGGUCGGUCAUCGGGUCAUUAGUGGUUGGAGGGUCGUGGUUCGGACGCUGUUGGCGGUUGGUUGUUGGUGGAUUGGUGGGUUGGGGAGCAUUAUUCUCACGCCGUUGAGCCAUGAUGUAAAUUUCAAUGAAUUAAUAAAUGUUUAAUUAAAUACAUUUGUCUAA